AUGUCAGACCAAGAGCUUAAUCAAAAUAGCAAAUCAGCUCCAUCAAGCUGUCCAGUUGACCAUACGAAAUUCCAGUCGCGGGACAAUAUGAAUGACAAUAAUAAUAAGAAAUCUUCAUGGAUGCCAAAUCUCUCCUCAUUGUUCUGGGCUUCUCCAGAAAGCUUGGGUACCCAAGACGUUUCAGCUUGUCCGGUGCAUAUUCCAGGAAGCGGCGAUACUUCCAAAGAUGAUGGCGCUGAGAAGUGUCCUGUUGAUCCAAGUACAAGAGAUGAAUGGCUUAAAAAUAUGAAGCAGCAGGGAGGAUCUGGUAUGCCAAGUAAUCAUCCUACCAUGAGUUACGAUAUUGAAGAACCAAAGAACAAUAACAAUAAUGCAACCGAUGGAAAGUCAUGCUCGUCCAACGAGUUACCUGAUGAACCAACAUAUAAAACCCAAGUGGAUUUGCCAAUUGCUCGUGAGGUCUCCUCAAUACCGCGUACUGGAGAAGACAGUAAUUGGGUAUAUCCAUCUCAGAAGCAAUUUUUUGAGGCCAUGCAACGUAAAAAUUGGAACCCCGAAGCUUCGGACAUGAAGACCGUUGUUCCUAUUCAUAAUGUUGUCAAUGAAAGGGUUUGGAGACUUAUUCAGAUGUGGGAAAAUGGUCAAGGAGGAGAUCAGUGUGGGGGAAUUCAAUUGACGAGCUUCAAAGGUAAAUCUAAAAAAUUGACUCCAAGAGCUAGAUGGAGACUACUUUGGGGCUAUGAACGACCAUUCGAUAGACACGAUUGGAUCGUCAAUAGAUGUGGUAAAGAUGUUGAAUAUGUGAUUGAUUUCUACUCUGGAAAACAGGAUCCAAAUUCAAAGUCCCCAGCUUUCUUUUUAGAUGUCAGACCAAAGUUGAAUAGCUUUGAAGGUUGGAGGCUAAGAAUUUCUAAAGCCUUGGGACUUUAA